AUGGGGGAUUCCUUGGCUCGUAUCCAGACCAUUGACGUAGACGAAGGCCUCUUCCCCAUUCGACCCGACCUUGGGAACACAAGCAUCCAGGAGAGCGUUCAGUUGUGGGCAAACUACUUUGUGAUGGAAUUGCACAAGCGGGAUCUGGUUCUCUACCUCUAUGACAUGGCUUUCGAGGCUUUUCCUCCGAACGGGUCUGAUCAAACAGACAAAGAGAUAAGCGUUCCCGAGGGAAAUAAGCUGGUGCAGGUCAUUCGAUGCGCGUUGAACCUUUCAACCUUCAACGAAAUCAAAUUCGACAUUGCCACAGAUUCUAGAACCAACAACCUCAACAGAUUCCCGCUACAGAGUCCCAGGGAUACCCCGAGUUAUCUGCAAGGCGUCCGAGGCUUCUUCGCCAGUGUUCGAGCUACCACGGGCAGCACAUUGGUCAACUGUAACGCUUGUUGUGGCGCUUUCUACAAAUCCGGACCUCUCGAGCACCUUUUCGCCGUGUUCAUCCCCUCUAAUCGGAGUCCCUCUCCAGAGCACUUUAAGUGGCUUGAGAAAGCCAUUCAAGGUCUGCGAGUUGAAUUCAACCACCUGAAAGACGACAAGGGCAACCAAGUGGGGUCGCUCCUGACCAUCUUUGGGCUUGCACGCCCUUAUGGUGGGCUCAAGGAUGUCGAACUCUAUCACAAGGAAGACGAACAGGCUUACACCGUCGCGACCUACUGGGCGAAAAAAGGCACUUCUCUCCCGACAUCGGCUUUUGAAGUUUCUGACAUUUUAUAG